CGCCUGGACUGGAGCGGGACGGCAGGCGGCACUGUGAGGAGCUGCGGCCCCGCCCCCCGCGCGCCGCCUCCCCAGCCCGCGCCGCCGCGAUGGCGGAGGACAGCGAGUCUGCGGCCAGCCAGCAGAGCCUGGAGCUGGACGACCAGGACACGUGCGGGAUAGACGGGGACAAUGAGGAGGAGACGGAGCAUGCCAAAGGAAGUCCCGGAGGGGUUUUGGGAGCCAAAAAGAAAAAGAAAAAACAGAAGAGAAAAAAGGAGAAACCGUAUUCUGGGGGCACCAAGUCAGAUUCCGCAUCUGAUUCCCAGGAGAUUAAAAUUCAGCAGCCUUCAAAGAAUCCGAGCAUUCCCAUGCAGAAACUGCAGCACAUCCAGAGAGCAAUGGAGCUGUUAUACGCAUGCCACGGCCCCGCCAGGAGCAUUGACGAGGCUGCGAAACACAGAUACCAGUUUUGGGACACGCAGCCGGUACCCAAACUAAAUGAAGUUGUAACAUCUCAUGGUGCAAUUGAACCAGAUAAGGACAAUAUACGCCAAGAACCAUAUUCUCUGCCACAGGGUUUUAUGUGGGACACUUUAGACUUGAGUAAUGCCGAAGUGCUCAAGGAGUUAUACACAUUGUUGAAUGAGAAUUACGUGGAAGAUGAUGACAAUAUGUUCCGCUUUGACUACUCGCCCGAGUUCCUGUUGUGGGCUCUGCGUCCUCCAGGCUGGCUCCUCCAGUGGCACUGUGGGGUCAGAGUGUCUUCCAAUAAAAAACUGGUGGGAUUCAUAAGUGCCAUCCCAGCAAAGAUUCGGAUUUAUGACAGUGUGAAGAAGAUGGUAGAAAUCAAUUUUCUUUGUGUCCAUAAGAAAUUGAGAUCAAAGCGGGUGGCCCCAGUGUUAAUCCGAGAGAUAACCAGAAGAGUGAAUUUGGAAGGAAUCUUUCAGGCCGUGUAUACGGCUGGGGUUGUUCUUCCUAAGCCGGUGGCCACGUGCAGAUACUGGCAUCGAUCACUAAACCCCAGAAAAUUGGUAGAAGUGAAAUUUUCUCACUUGAGUAGAAAUAUGACUUUACAGAGAACAAUGAAGCUAUACAGACUUCCAGAUGUUACAAAGACUUCAGGUUUGAGACCGAUGGAACCAAAAGAUAUCAAAGCAGUUCGAGAAUUGAGCCACAGUUACCUGAAGCAGUUUCAUCUUGCUCCACUGAUGAAUGAAGAGGAAAUAGCCCACUGGUUCCUUCCCCGGGAGCACAUCAUUGACACGUUUGUAGUGGAGAGCUCCAGUGGAAAACUGACCGACUUCCUGAGCUUCUACACACUCCCAUCAACAGUGAUGCACCACCCGGCUCACAAAAGCCUCAAAGCUGCCUACUCUUUCUACAACAUUCACACGGAGACGCCCCUGUUGGACCUCAUGAAUGACGCACUCAUCCUGGCUAAAUCGAAAGGAUUUGAUGUCUUCAAUGCACUGGAUUUGAUGGAAAAUAAGACAGUCUUAGAAAAACUCAAGUUUGGUAUAGGAGAUGGCAAUUUGCAGUACUACCUAUACAACUGGAGGUGUCCAGGAACGGAUUCUGAAAAGGUUGGACUUGUACUACAGUAGAUGGAUAUUUUUAUUUGUAGAAGUCUGACAUCAUUUGUUAAUGUUCUAAUGAUUUCUGGAACUGCCAUUCCAAAGAAGAAUAAAAGCACAAGUUAAAUGAAACUGAAGUAGUAGAUAUCAGAACAGAUGGAAAAACAUCCACAUGUGACCAGUAGUACACAUUUCUAGCUAGGACAUUAAAAUUCAUCCUUUUUUCACUGUUUACCCAUUUGUGGGAGGAAUGAAAGGGUACAAAGAGCACAUUCUUCUAAUUUUCAAACUUUUGGCUGUCUUUUGAUGAAGAGAGGUAUUUUUCCACUCUCUAGAAAAGGGACUUUUUCAGUGGACUAAACAGAAGUCACAAAGUAGAGUAAGAAAAUCUUUGCUACUGUGUGGAGAUAAAUUGCUGCAUUUCUAUUUAUUCAGUAUAUUUGUCCCUGGAACAGAAGGAAGGAUCCAUUUGGAAUUUUUUUUUUUUUUUUUGGCUGCUGCUUUAACCCAAACAUUUGGAAAAUUUUUACUUACAUCAUCUUACACAGUAUCAUUUAUGGGAACAUUUAUGGAAUUAACACUUCUGUGACUCAAGGACAAGUGGUAGAUUAUUGAAGUGUGAAACAAUAUAAAAAUGUACUGGUGACUAGGACAUUGAUUUCUCCCUACGCAAAGUUGCCAAAUCAAUAAACAUACAGGUUUGUAGUUUGGUCUUCACCAGGUCGGUGGAUUGUUUCAAAAGCAAAGUUCUGUGCACACACUGUGUGCUGUCUGAAAGAGCACAUGCCCAUGACUGACUAGACUUUUUUGCUGCUAGGAAAACUCCAGUUUCUUCUCAGCAACAUCAAGGAUCUAUGUGAGGAAAAGGAAAUGAAAAGCUCUAAGUCAAAAGAGAUGCACGGUGGAAUUUAUUAGUGCUAUCAGGACGUUGAAAGUUUGAAUGUUUUUAUUACUUAUGCAGAAUUGCACAUGUUCCUUUAUGUGGACUUUAAUUUAUCAUGAAAACUGUCAUGCUAAUGGAAAAUGUCUUAUUUGUAAAUAAGUGUUCAUAAUUUUGUUACUGAUGAUGUUUUUAUCUAGAAUUUGAAAAACAGAGUUUCAUAGUGUACAUAUAUGUGUAUAUAUUGCUCGUCAUCCAAGGGAAAAAUAAGAUGCUACAAGGGGCCACAUAGACUGGCCUUGUCUCCAACACCACAAAGUAGAUACUAAUUCCUGCCUUUACUAUACCAGUGCCUAGGCUGUUCAGUGCAGAAAAAGUUAUUUUAGAUAACAUGAUGGCAUUUCCUUCAUGUUUUACGUAGCCCAAUGAAACAAAUCAUACCUUAUACCAGGGAGGGGGCCCUCAAACCAGGGCCCAGGGGCCCAUGGCCUGUUUUUGUACAGCCCAGGGAAUAAGAGUUUUUAUUUUUUUGAAUGAUUGAGGAAAAAAAAGUCAAAA